UUCGAGCCGCGUCACGCGCACCUUUAACGACGAAGGCACAAACCACUUUUUGAUGAAUGACUUUCUGGACCAGAGAGGAUGCGCGGGUCAUUUUGAGCAGUCAUUCGUUGCCCGCACUGGCAUUCCUCUGUUUUUUGCUUCCAGCUCAUAAAGGUGUUAUAUUAUUUAGAGGCGGCAGCUGAGCUGAAUGCGGAUUAGAUCCGCCACCAGUCAUCGGAGCACCAGCCCUGGGACUUGGAUUUUUUCUGCACGACUUCAUGAUGGAGAGGAUAAGAAAAGAAAUGAUUCUGAUGGAAAGGGGACUACACAGUCCAGUGGCAGGAAAGAGGCUCUCCAACCUCUCGGACUCGGCCGGGAACGCGGUGCUUGAGGCCCUGGAAAAUUCUCAGCACGCAGGUCGCCUCAGCCCGAGAAUAACUUCCGCCUCGCUGCAUGGCAGUCUCGGGGAUAUUCCCACCAAAGGCAAGUUCGAAAUCGACAGCUUAUUCGGAAACCACCACAGCGACAAUACCUCCUCCACAGAAGUGUCGUCCUCCGAAAGCCGGAAGAAAAUAAACCUGUAUCCUGAAGUUUCUCCUGACUCCGACAUGAACAGCGAUGUGGAAGUGGGUUGCCCGUCUCAUCGCUCUCCGGGCAGCAUCAGCCAACAGAAGGAAAACAAUAGCAAAGGUUUUUCCGACAGUAAUUCAGGAACCUCCAAUACAAGUUCAUCGUCUCUAUCAAAUAUUAACGGUUCCAUCAGUAACUCCAGCAGUUCGAGCUCGGACCAAGUGAGGAGAUACCGGACUGCGUUUACCCGAGAACAAAUUGGAAGACUGGAGAAAGAAUUUUACAGGGAAAACUACGUCUCAAGACCCAGGAGAUGUGAACUAGCCGCAGCAUUAAACUUACCCGAAACAACAAUAAAGGUGUGGUUUCAGAAUCGACGAAUGAAGGACAAGCGGCAGCGGCUUGCCAUGUCCUGGCCACAUCCCGCCGAUCCCAGCUUCUACACCUAUAUGAUGACGCACGCGGCCGCCACCGGAAGUCUGCCUUACCCUUUUCAUUCCCACAUGCCACUACACUAUUACCCCCAUGUCGGUGUCACGGCAGCAGCUGCUGCGGCAGCCGCCUCAGGAGCCGCUUCUUCACCUUUUGCUACCUCUAUACGUCCCCUUGAUACUUUCCGUGCGCUUUCUCAUCCAUAUUCGCGCCCAGAGCUGUUGUGUAGUUUCCGACAUCCAGGACUAUACCAGUCACCUGCAGGUUUGAACAGCUCCGCGGCUGCGUCGGCUGCAGCAGCGGCGGCGGCGGCCGCUGCAGCAGUCAGUGCGCCUUCAGCUACGGGGCCAUGCUCCUGUCUCAGCUGCCACAGCAGUCAGGCCGCCAGCGCGCUGGGCUCCAGGAGCACCAGCUCCGAUUUCACCUGCACGGCGACCGGGCAGAGAUCCGAGAGCGGAUUUUUGCCAUACUCGGCAGCAGUUCUCAGUAAAACUGCGGUGCCCUCACCGGACCAGAGAGAAGAAAGCGCGCUCAAUAGAUAGCUUAGUACUGGCAUACACUCUUUCAUUUGAAGCACAUGUAAUUAUUAUUAUUAUUUUUGAAUUAAGGGACAGCAU